AUGGAUACACGAUCAAACCAAUCAUUGUCUAGUGAGAAGAGGAGAAUGGUCGACAAUACUCAGAUUUCUUUGUUAUGUGAAGAUUUGUUAUUAGAUAUUCUAAAGAGGUUGCCUGCAAAAGAUGUUCUUCAAUGCAGAUCGGUCUGCAAGGAAUGGAACUUUCUGUUACGAACUCCUCACUUUAUUUCUCUUCAUUAUAACCAUUCCUCACAGAUCAAUAAUGCCUCCUCCUCCUCACAUUUCAUUCUCUUCCGAAAGGCUUACUCUGUUCCUUACAAUUUCGGUGGUAAAAAUGUAUUGACAUUCUUUACCUUAAAGAAAACAAACAACCAACUAGUAGCCACAGUCGACAAAGAAGUAGACGUUAGUUCCAUUCUAUCAUCAUCAUGCUUUCCAUCAAAUAUGGAUAUGGAUGACAUCCAAUUAUUUUCUCCUUUUGAUGGUUUAAUAUGUAUUGGAUAUGGUUUGCAUGUUAUUCUAUAUAACCCAUCGACUAGAGAAUCUCAAUUGUUGCACAAUCAACCUCAUCUUUCAAGAUUAGAAAUUGGUUUUAGGGUGGUUCGUAUUCUGGAUGUUUGGUUCGAAUCCAGCACUAAGAAACAUUACAAAGUCUUUAUGAUGGCUAUUUCGAGUGGCUUAUGCAAGAUCGAGACAUACGAUUCAACUGUGAAUAGUUGA